AUCACUUACCGGGGCCGCCACCGUUGUUUCCUUGGUGACCGGCCCGCGCCCUGCGAGGAGGCGAGGAGAUGCUGCCACGAUGGCCGCGCGGCCCUCUGCGGUGCCUGCAGCACCGUGGCCAAGAGCUGAAGCAGCAGGUUGAUAGUUUGCUUUCUGAGAGUCGAUUGAAAGGAGCUCUAGAAGCCAGUAAAAAGCGAGAUAUUUACCAAAGAUGUAUCCAAUUAAAACAGGCAAUUGAUGAAAAUAAAAAUACUCUUCAAAAAUUAAAAAAAGCCGAUGAACCUACACCUGUUGGGAACUAUCAUCAGCAAAAGGAAGAGGAGCACAGUCUCUUAGAUAAACUUACCCACCAACUGCAGGAACUUGCCAUGUCUAUAAGUCGAGAGAAUAUAACUGAAAUUACUUUGUGCAGAAUUGGGGCACUUACUGAAAGAAAGGAAGAUGAUGAUUCUGCUGAAGGAGAUGAAGAAGAAGAUGAUGAUGAUGAAGAAGAAAGUAAAGAAAGUGGUGGGGAAGAAGAAGAAACACAAGAGGAAGAGAAACAGGAAAAUGAAUCUCAUCAACAGGCGACAAGUAAAGAAUACACUGCUGUUGGAAAUUUUACUGCUCAGCAGGCUGGGGAUCUGACAUUUAAGAAAGGGGAAAUUCUCCUUAUAAUUGAAAAAAAACCUGAUGGCUGGUGGAUGGCUAAGAAUGCCAAAGGAAACAAAGGUCUCGUUCCCAAAACCUACCUGGAGCCCUAUCAUAAAGAAGAAGGCCAAGAAUCAAGUGAAGAAGGCAGUGAAGAAGAUGUGGAGGUUGGGGGUGAGUUAGCAGAGGAACCGGAAGUUAAACAAAGAACAGGUUCUCAUUGGAGUGCUGUGCGAAAAGCUCUCUCAGAGCAGAUAAACACUGUUGAUGUGUUGACCACGAUGGGAGCUAUUCCUACAGGGUUCAGGCCUUCCACACUCGUCCAGCUUCUGGAGGAAGGAAAUCAGUUUCGAGCAAGUUACUUCUUACAGCCAGAGCUUGCUCCUUCACAGCUGGCCUUCAGAGAUCUCAUGUGGGAUGCUAAGACAGGCACUAUUAGGUCAAGACCAAGUCAUGUUUCGUUGAUUCUGACCCUCUGGAGUUGUAAAAUGAUUCCUCUUCCAGGAAUGAGCAUCCAGGUUCUCAGUAGACAUGUACGGCUUUGUCUGUUUGAUGGUAAUAAGGUUCUAAGCAACAUUCAUACAGUCAGAGCCACAUGGCAACCUAAAAAACCCAGAACAUGGACCUUUUCUCCCCAGGUUACUGGCAUCUUACCCUGCUUGCUUGAUGGUGAUUGUUUCCUCAGGUCUAAUUCUUUAUCUCCAGAUCUUGGAAUAUUAUUUGAACUUGGAAUUUCUUAUAUUCGCAAUUCAACUGGUGAAAGAGGAGAAUUAAGUUGUGGUUGGGUGUUUCUUAAACUUUUUGAUGCCAGUGGAAUUCCUAUUCCAGCAAAGACUUAUGAGCUCUUCCUGAAUGGCGGCACCCCUUAUGAAAAAGGUGUUGAAGUGGACCGUUCAGUGUCCAGAAGAGCACAUGGGAGUGUUUUCCAUCAGAUGAUGAUGAUGAGAAGGCAGCCUCAGCUUCUGGUAAAACUGAGAUCUUUGAACAGAAGAUCAAGAAACAUACUCAGUCUACUGCCAGAAAUAUUAAUUGGAAGUAUGUGCUGCAUUCAGUUGUUGAUAUUUUAUCGUCAAAUUCUUGGAGAUGUACUCCUGAAAGGCAGGAUGAGCAUGCAAAGUGCUGAUUUUAUCAGUAAUCCCGUACUGGCCACCUUCCCCAAGCUCUUGGAGCAGCCUGAUGUGAUGGAUGCACUCAGGAGUUCAUGGGCUGAGAAAGAAAGCACAUUGAAAAGAUCCGAGAAGAGAGAUGGAGAGUUCCUGAAGGCUGUGUUUCUCCUGGUUUACCAUGACUGCGUGGUCCCCCUUCUCCAUUCGACACUCCUGCCUCCAUUCAGGUGGGCAGAAGAAGAGACUGAGGCUGCACGAUGGAAAGUCAUCGCUGACUUCCUGAAGCAAAACCAAGAAAACAAGGGUGCUCUCCAAGCUCUGCUGUCACCAGAUGGAGUUCAUGAACCUUUUGACAUUUCAGAGCAGACCUAUGACUUCCUGGGUGAAAUAAGAAAGAAAGCAGCCUGACACUGGAGGCCUAUGACCCUUAGCUUCCCACCAAAUCUCAAGGAUCCUCCAUGAUAACCUGGAUAAAGUAACAGAACCAAAGUAACUCACAUUUAACUUAGGCUUUACUCUUCUUUGUACAGACCAAAUUCUACAUGAAAUAUUUAUCUGAUAAGUUGAAUAUGCUUUAAUACAAUAAAAUAUGUUUUUAUAAGGAAUACUGUUAUAUCUAAAUUUAAAGAGAAUUUUUUUCAAAAACUAACUUUAAGUUGACUGUACCUAUACAUUUGUAUCAAAGCAAGAUUUCAUCAAAAGCUGAAUUUGUGGUUAUUCAAGAAAGUGAAACUAUAAUCCGUGGAACUGGAGAGAAUACUUGCAAAUCAUAUACCUGGUAAGAGUCUGGUAUCAAGAAUAUAUAAAUGUAUAAUUAUUGCUAAUAGAAUUUAUGUUGUGAAAUGAAGGGGAAAUCAGAGAAACCUCUUUGAGAAAGUUGUAUUAUUAAUCACUUAAUUCAGUCUAAUUUUUAUUAUUAUUAUUAGUUUCAGGUGUACAAAACAAGGUAAUAGUUAGACAUUUAUACCCUCACAAAGUGAUAAGCCCCUCUCCCCCAAUCUACUACCCCUCUGACAUCAUAUAUAGCUGUUACAGUUCCACUGUCUCUAUUCCUUAUGCUGUACUCCACAUCCUGUGACAUAUGUAUAUUAAAUGAUAGUUGACAUUCAUUAAUAUUCAGCUUCACCCAGGUGUACACUGCUGUGGUCAGGCACCUGCACCAUUCAUGAAGUGGUCUCCCUAAUAAGACAAGUGUCCAUCGGAUACCCUACAUAAUCUUUACAACAUUAUUGAUUUUAUUUCCCAAACUGACUUUUGUAUCCCCAUGGCAAUCUUGU